AUAGGAUGCAACACUUAAUGUUUGCCAACAACAAACACUUGCUUGUAUUUCGAAACAGGUUCCUUGCUAUGGCAAAAUGCUGGCUGAUGCAGCUUAUUCUCUUGACGUUCCUCUUACCGGCGGCAAUAAGCACGGCGGUGGCGUGCCACCCCGAUGACCUCCGUGUGCUGCGGGGCUUUGCCGGCAACCUCAGCGGCGCAGGAGCCGUCCUCCUCCGCGCCACGUGGUCUGGCGCUUCCUGCUGCAGCUGGGAAGGUGUGGGCUGCAACGGCGGAGCAAGUGGCCGUGUCAUGACCUUGUGGCUCCCUGGACGCGGCCUUGCUGGACCCAUCCAAGGAGCGGCAUCCUUGGCCGGCCUCGCACGGCUGGAGUCGCUCAACCUUGCCAACAACAGACUGCAGGUCGGCACAACUUUUCCAUCAUGGAUUGGUGAGCUUGACCGUCUCCGCUACUUUGAUCUAUCACACAAUGCAUCGUCAUUUCAUGUUAAGCAUGGUGAUCGAAGAACACUAGCUGACGGGCAACCAAAUACAAUAACCGGGACCAACAACUCUGUCAGAUCAGGGAAUGGUAACACUGUUUCUGGGGGCGACAACACUGUCAUAUCCGGAAACAACAACGUUCUGUCUGGGAACAACAACACAAUCAUAAGUGGGAGCGACAAUGUCGUAAGUGGUACCAACCAAGUCGUAUCUGGGACCAACCAUAUUGUAACUGGCAGCAAUAAUACCGUAUCCGGGAACAACAAUAACGUAUCUGGGAGCAACCACAUCGUAUCUGGGAGCAACAAAAUCGUGACAGGAGGUUAAUGAUCUUCAGUCCCUAACGAAGCUCAUGUUCUCGUCCAAGCUAUAAGUGUACCUCACUAUCACUUGGUGGGGCCAAUCGUGUUAUGUAACUUCAUGGAUAUAUCAUCAUUUUCUUACUUUUAAUAUAAAAAACCUAUGUUACAUACGUGUUGACAUGAAUAUCCUUGCAGGUGAUAUAGACCAAGUGUGUUUGCUUAUGGUGAUUAUUUCAUGUUUUCUACUUUUAGUGACGCUUUAUUAUCUUGAUUGGGUCAUUGAUCACAUGGUGAAUCAUGACCGCAUAAUGUCAGCUAGUUAUACACUUGUCGUGUGCAAUUGUCAAUGUUACGUGCAUCAAUGUCAAAGGUGUAGAUGAAGGAGAUGGAGCAAAUGAGCGGAGAUUGUUAGUAUAAAUAAGUACCCUCUCCGUCCCAUAUUAAUGAAUCAAGACGUUUUUUUAGUAUAGAUACAUUCAUAUUUGGACAAAUUUGAGUCACUUAACGUGGACCAAGGGCUUAUGUCUUUUACAUCACCAUGGCUACCAGCGGCCGCGCGCAUGACGCUGUGGCGGUGGCGGAUUAUGGGGGCGAGCGCAGGAGAGCGAUGCUUGUGUGCUGACUGCUGAGUAAGCGGUUGCAGGAGAAGGAGACGGCAGUGCCGGAGUCGGAGAAGAAGGAUGAUUUGCCGGAGAUGGAUCAGAAGAAGACGGCGGAGUAGGAGUACGACUCGGUGGCGGGGUCGGCGGGUGUGUACUCGAGCAUGGGAGGUGUUCAACCCCACGGCCAUCCUGCGAUGCUUCGUCGUCGUCUACAGGGCUUGGUUGCUCUAUCACAUCACCUCAGCUCAGCUUAUCUCAUUAGUCAUCUCGAUGAGCAUGCAGAAUAGAGCUGCCGGCCAAUUCGUAGCUUCAUCAAGACAGUCUUUUACUGUGUUUAGUCCUACUGAUGUAGUGAUGUUACAAAUUAAUUGUACUCCAGUAACUUUUAGCAGUAGAACAACUUCAGUAGAUGCCGUUGUUAGCUUGAUUAAUUACAUGAAACUACACUGCUA